GUCAGCUCUGCCUGGAGAGACUGCACCCGUUCAGAACCUUUACCCCUAAUCCCUGCUUGGGCCAAGCCAGCACAGCCACUACCCCUGGGGACAGACCCCUUCAUGCUUUCAGCACACCAGGCUCCCGCCUAGACACAACACCAUGCAUUUCCUUGGCCCCUUGUUCCUGCUCCUCGAAUACUUGGCUUUUUCAAACUCAAGCACAUGGAACUUUGAGCACCCGGCCACCCUCUAUGCCUGGGAGGGAGCCUGUGUCUGGAUUCCCUGCCGCUACACAAUCCCAGGGUAUGGAAUGGUCCUGGAAAACCUGACUGUGUACCAGAAUUAUGUGUUUGACGACAAGACCAAGGGCUACAAUGGGACAAUCCUCUAUGAGAGUACAAAGUCACAGAUGCCUGUCUCUCCGGAAAGAGUGAAAUUCCUGGGAGACAACAAAUCCAACUGCACCCUUCGCAUCCACCCUGUAAAAGCCCAAGACAACGGUCAGCUGGGGCUGAGGAUGACAUCGAAGAGUGGAAAGUGGAUGGAGAAAAUAGUCCUCAACGUCUCCAAGACGGCUCCUCCACCUCGCAUUGAGCUCCCUCCAGAAAUCUGGGAGUCCCAAGAUGUUACUCUGACCUGCAUGCUGAAUUUUGCCUGCUUUGAGUACCAGAUCAAGUUCCGGUGGCUCCUGGAAGAGUCACGUCAACAUCCCUCUGUCCCCUUGACUUCCCUGACCACCAAGACUAUCUUCACCCAGAGCCAGCUCACAUUGCAGCCACAGUGGACUCACCAUGGCAAGAAGCUGACCUGCCAGGUCUGGAAUGACACAGAAGAUGGGCUGCUCUCUCAGGAAACGGUGCGGCUAGAUGUGAAGCACUCCCCAAAGUUGGAGGUUAGUCCCAAAGAAGUCAAUGUAACAGAGGAUGACCCGGUGACCAUGACGUGCCAGGUCAUCAGCAGCUACCCAGAGUACCAGACUCUUUCCUGGCUCAAGGAUGGAAUCCCCAUGACAGAGCAGGAGACACUGCAGAGGGAGCAGAAGAUUCUCAAGCUAACUCUGCCUAAAGUGACCAAACAGAUGCGUGGAAAGUAUCACUGCCAGGCCCGCAACGAUGUGGGCUCAGCAACAUCAGAAGUGGUCCUCCAAGUGCACUAUGCUCCAGAACCUUCCAGGGUUCAGAUCUUCUCCUCACCAGCUAAGGAGGGAACUAGUGUAAAGCUGACUUGUAUAUCACAGGCCAAUCCUCCUCCAACCAAUUAUACCUGGUAUCACAAUAGCAAUGAAGUGUGGAGAGGGACAGAUGAGACCUUCGAGAUCCCACAGGUCCGCCUCAGGCACGCUGGGAAUUAUUACUGCAUAGCACAAAACAGUAUUGGUCGUGGACACGUUGACCAGGAUGCUGAGUUGGAUGUCCAAUAUUCCCCCAAGGAGGUAACCAUGGUGAUUCAAAAUCCUACACCAAUUCGAGAAGGAGACAAUGUGACCCUGUUCUGUAACUAUAAUUCCAGUAACCCUAGCGUUACCAGAUAUGAAUGGAGUCCCCACGGCUCCUGGAAAGAGCUAGUACCUGGGGUGCUAAGGAUUCAAAAAGUUGCCUGGAAUGCCAUGCCAUUCACCUGUGCAGCCUGUAACCUGUGGUGUUCGUGGGCUCAACCUGUCAGCCUGCAGGUCCAGUAUGCCCCCAGAGAUGUCAAGGUCCUGUGGAUUGGCCCCCGUUCUGAGAUUCACUCCGGACACGCAGUCCUCCUCCGAUGUAACUUCUCUAGCAGCCGUCCCACGGACGUCCACUUCUUCUGGAAGAAGAAUGGGAUCUUUCUGAAGGAAGGAAGGGAACUGAGCUUUGGCUCCAUCUCCCCGGAAGAUGCUGGAAGUUACAGCUGCGUGGUCAGCAACUCCAUAGGACAGAGCACAUCCGAGGCCUUGGUGCUCCCAGUGCUGUAUGCACCUAGGAGGCUACGGGUGUCCAUUAGCCCUAAAGACAGUGUGAUGGAGGGGAAGAAAGCAGUCCUGACGUGUGAGAGUGAUGCCAACCCUCCCAUCUCCCACUACACCUGGUUUGACUGGAAUAACCAGAACCUCCACCAUGAUCAUCAGAAGCUGAGAUUGGAUCCUGUGAAGGUCCAGCACUCAGGCGCCUAUUGGUGCCAGGGGGGCAACCGACUGGGUGUGGACCGGUCGCCCCCUAGCACCCUCACUGUCUACUAUAGCCCACAGACCAUCAGCCGGCGAGUGGCCCUGGGACUGGGGCUGUGCCUGGUCAUCCUCUUCCUGGCAUUCCUGGGAGUCAGGUUUCAGGGAAGCUGGAAGAGGAUUCAGAGCCAGCAAGGGCCUCAGGAAAAUUCCAGUGGGCAGAGCUUCUUUGUGAGGAAUAACAAGAUUAGAAGAGCCCCCCUCCCUGAAGGCCCCCAGUCCCUGGGCUGCUACAAUCCGAUGGUGGAAGAUUCCAUCAGCUAUGCGACGCUGCGCUUCCCUGUCGGCGAGACGGACCCACCGAGGAUUGGGGAUGCAGGGACCCCAGAGGUGCACAGACCUUCCCUAAACAGGGACAACACGGUCACUUACUCGGUGGUGCAGAAGCCUCGAGUGGGCGACUAUGAGAACGUGAUUCCAGAUGUUCCAGAAGACGAUGGGAUACAUUACUCGGAGCUGGUUCAUUUGGGGCUUGGGGAGCGGCCUCUGAGACAGGAAGGAGUGGAGUACGUGACCCUAAAGCACUAAUGGAUCCAAGUGGCUGUGCUGGAGGUGCCUAGGGGCUGUCGGGUAUAGUCAUGUCGCCUGCAGUCACUGUUGCUCAGUUGAGAAGUUACACAACCUCUCCUUACACACACACACACACACACACACACACACACACACACACACACACAUGCACAUACGUGCGUACACACACAAUUACUGCACCCCAGUCGGUACAGAGAACUUUGGACAUGAGACAGUCUUCCCUCUCAGCAUUGUAACCUCAACCAUCCAAAAGGCCUGGCCCUGUCCUGUCCCACGCUCCUUCCGUCCCAGAAAAUCAUCUGAACACCUAGCCUGCACUGUACAAAUCCCCCUGCUCCUCCCCAACCGUCUGCCACCACCCACCCCCUCCAACACCCGCCCCCAGCUGUCUGUACCCCUGUGGAGAUCAGCUGGUCGCUAGCUUUUCCUCUUUCCCUCCCCAUCUCCUUAACACCCCACCCAUCCGCCCCACUCUAAGAGCCCCACUCACUAAUCUUAUGCCUAAUCUAUCUGGAGCAAUGUCCAGAGAAAGGAACAGAAAUGAGGUAGAAAGAGGAACUACCUGGCCCUGACUUCUCUCUAUGUCAGCGAGGCAUUCCACGGAGAGGACCACGCGGCUGCAGCCCACCUUCAGGGGCUGGUGGUGUGAGACAUACACCUGUGUGAACAAACAUGUAACAAGCACGGAGUUGCACAAUAAAAAUGUCUUGGUAUUAUUUCAAAGAAUCAGUGAGCUAAUUCUGGUCUGUGGUAUCAGAGGAGGACAGAGAUGUGGGAUGGCCUCAUGAAUGGGGCUUAAGGAAAAGGGACAGGAGUCAAGGUAAUUUCAUGAUUAAAUCAGCAGACUGAAAAGUCUGUUAUCUUGUUGCAAAGAGCCCACUGUUGCCCCCUCUGUCUGCCCCCUCUAGCCAAGCCAUCUUGGGCGAAGUUCAUCUGCUUAUUUGAGCCUCAGUUUUUGUGCAGGUGGUUCAGUGUAGGAAGUGCUGUAUAAUUUACAUUGCUUGAGUCCCGUUAUGAGAAGCCUUAUGCAAUAGCCAAAAGUCCCUGAAACCAAAGUCCCGUCUUAUUUGCAUCUCUUGAAGAAUGCAAAAAGGGGAAGCCAACCCGUUACUCCCAGCUAUUCUCAAGAGUGACCCUGCCAAGUUCCUUUACAAUCCAAGCUGUCUAAGAGCUCCUCGAAGGCCUGCUGCCCUGAGAAACCUUAGCUUUUCUACCUCCCGCAGUCGCCCCACCAGUUCCCUAUCGCAUUUGCUAAUUCUGACUUUCCAGUAGGUCCUUGCAACUUCCCUCCAUUUGUCAGGUUUGAUCUCUCCCCUCCCAUUCUCCUGCUUAUGCCAACGGGCAAAGGCCCAUUCUCCAUAGGAGCAAGAACGUGUGGUUAAUCCACCUCUCUUCCCUGUCCCCUUUCCUGUCUGCUCAAUACCUGAAAGCUCUCAAAGAGAAGAGGAGGUUCUGCUCAUCCUCACAAUUACACAGAGU